CUAUCGGAGUUUCAAAAUAUGUACUUCACUUUAACACUAAAAGUCUCACGGGAAUUUCGGAAUAAUAAGCGAUAUCUGAAAAUCUACGAAUUGAGUCCAACUGUGAAAAUCGAUCGCUGGAUUUUAGAGAUUGAAAGCCUAACCUAACCAUCUUUUUAAAUCGUUUGUUCAACCAACGUUGGACUGAGAUCUGAAAUGAAUGGGAGCCAAGUAUAUUGGACACAUUUGCCAGUGUCUUUAUCGGCAUGAUAAAAGAUACAUUCAAUCAAAUUGCUUACGACGACUUGUUUCUGCCAAAUGAUAAUUCAUCUUGAUGGGAUAUUCGAUAUUUCACUUUUUUUAUAUAUAUAUUAACAGAAUUAUCAAUCUGUAGCGUAGUUUGAACUGUGCCGAUAUUUGUCUUAGCUAUAGUUAAUAGAUAUUUAAAUGCAAUAUAUGCCGAGUUGAUAUGUCCAUGCAUUGGUUGUCGAAUUCGGUUUCUUGAUUAUUGAUUUUUUGAACUUUUAAUAGCUAGACAUAGAAAAUGUUCAAUGCAAUAUAUCUUUAAUUAUACACCAUUCAGGGAAGAUGAAGCACAGAAGCGUGUCUGUGUUUUUCUCUGUAAUAAGCGUGAUAGAGAGUAGGGUAGGGUAUCUGCUAGUCAGGCACUCCCAAGUAGAGCACUCGUUUAUGUUUUGUUAGAUUCGUAUAUUUAAUUUCAUUUGUUAAGAAAUAUGCCUAAUGAAAUCAGUUAUUAAUAAAAGUACCGAUACAACUAUUAUGCAAGCGCUCUCUCACUCUCAAGAAAUGCCGUGUAGAAGCUGCAAAAUGCAAUAAGAUAAAAAGCGGUUCAACUGGUUCUCGAAUAGCUUAUGUUUAGAGUGGACAACUGAAUCGUGUUAGCUUAUUCUUAGUAGAGCUACUAAGCAUUAAGCACGUGCCGAAUCAAGUCUACGAAAUAAACAAGCUAUCAUUUAAAAGAGGAAAAUGAUUUCCUACGUUUUGGUUAUCCGUCUACUUCUGAUCGUUAAUUUCUGCACAGCAUUACCAGAGAAAAUCAAGAAAUGCCGUUUCGGAGAUGAGAAAUGCAUGGUUGAGUCCAUAAAUGACAUCAUCAAAAAAUAUCCAAAAGGACCAGAAUUGGGCAUCAAACCAAUCGAUGUGGUUGACAUAAGGGAUACAGAACUCUUAAGAUCAAAUCGAACCGGAUUUAUUUGGGCAUCAGUCAGUCUGAGUAAUCAAGUAAACUAUGGCUUCGAAAACACAACCAUUACAAGUGUUAAGGGAUUUGGUAAAAAUCCCAAAGCUAGUCAAAUUACAAUCUCUGGACGUAUACCCAGUUUGGUGCACAAGGGCACUUUUGAUGCGAAUGGACGCCUCUGGCUGGUUGAAAUGAAUCUAACUGGGAACUCUUUAUCGGAGUUUCAAAACAUGCAUUUCACCUUAAAACUGAAAGUCUCACUUGAUUUUCGAAACAAUAAACGUUACUUGAACAUCUACGAGCUGACCCCAAUUGUCAAAAUCGAUCGCUGGAUUUUAGAGAUGGACAGCCUUUUUACAGAAAACACCGAUCUUACCAUUAUCUUCAACCGUUUGUUCAACCAACGUUGGAUUGAGGUCUGGAACGAAUGGGAACCAAGUAUAUUGGACACAUUUGCCAGUGUCUUUAUCGGCAUGGUCAAAGGUAUAUUCAAUGAAAUCCCUUACGACGACUUGUUUUUGCCAGAUGACAUUUAAUUCAGCUAUAUUUAUUUAUACUCCCAUUUGUGCUAACUGCAACAAGAUCUGUAGAGUUUAUAUAAGUUAUAUAUCUGCCUAUUGUAAAGUUUUCGGUUCUGUUCUUCUAUCAAUCCUCACAGAAUUAUCGAUCUGUAGGGAUAUUUUGACUGGACCGAUAGAUGUCUAAAUUAUAAUUAU